GCCCUAACGCUCACAGGUGGCGCUGAAGACAGACUCUCAGCGUGUGCGCGUUCACUGCCACCAGCGGUUUGAGUUCGUGAGUCUGAUCUUUGUUUCGACCAUCAGUCACGAUGGCACCUGUUGUGGAAAUACAGCAACAGACGACCAACACGGUAGAAGAGCCGCUGGACCUCAUUCGGCUGAGCUUGGAUGAGCGAAUUUAUGUGAAGAUGAGGAAUGACCGAGAGCUUCGCGGGAGGUUACAUGCUUAUGACCAACAUUUGAACAUGAUCCUUGGGGAUGUGGAAGAGACGGUGACGACGGUGGAGAUUGAUGAGGAAACCUAUGAAGAAAUUUACAAGUCAACGAAGAGGAACAUCCCGAUGCUGUUUGUCCGUGGCGAUGGUGUGGUACUGGUUGCACCGCCCUUGAGAGUUGGGUAAACUGAAUGGGAUGUGCCCCCUUAACCUCUGAAUCAUGUUUUGGACUGUAAAUUGUUUUCAGGAUGGGCUUACACAUGAUGUCUGUUGACAAGUCACAGAAUUGUGAAAUUUCUGUACCUUUUUUUUUUUAGGUUGUUGCUAGGUGCCGAUUUUGUAUAUUUCAGUUAUGAUUGAUGGGUGUUUCCUGAAUGCUUUAGUAUUUUCACAAAUGCAAUAAAAAAAAAUAACAUGUA